GGCAUCACGGCAUGAUCCUAAAUUUCAGGAAUUAAGUGCGAUGAAUAAAGAAAGGCAAGCUAAAAAUUUAUAUCCGCACUAUUUAUCCCGUGGAGGUUACAAGAUGCUUGAGGAGAGGAUCAUGCAGGAUGACUUUAAGGCGAUGCAGGAAGCUGCAAAAUCUGAUCCUAGUAUCGUUGUUCAGACCCCACCUCCUCCUCCACGUCAUAGAAAAUGGAAGGAAGCAAGGAUAAAGAAGGGUCAAUAUAUUAAUCCAGCAGUUGCUGAGAUUGCUAAAAAAAUUGAGGUACUUGAAGAGCAAAGCAGUGAAGGUUCAUUUAGUCCGAGUGGAAGGAUGGACAUUUUAGCGACAGCGAUUGGGAAGCCUGAUCACCCCGGACGCGUUAGAGGAGAAGGGAGGACAGUUGGUCUUACCCAAUAUUUUAGACAAACUUCACGAGCUUCUCUACGAAGUCAGCCCACUGAUGAGAUGAUAGCUAAACUUCGAGACCAAGUUCGUGAUGAGCUCCAAUCUGAGCUAGAGGAUUCCCCCGUCUUUCCUAGCACUAAAGACAGUUGUAAUCCACCGGGGGCAUUGGGAGAGCAUGAUCCUAGUAGUCCCACGCUGGACUUUGGACAACCUUGUUGUCUUCGUUUAGAGGUCCCAAGGAUGCGUGUUGUUGUUGACGCUCUCCUCUACAAUCAAGGGAGCACUAUCCAUCACCAACAUAUUCAAGAGGACCAAGUGAGGGUUACAGUUACCACUGUUCGAGAAGGAGAGACAGGUGCGGAUGUGCCAUUCCCGACUGCUAAAGUUGUGAAGUUAGGACCAGGAAGAUGUUAA